AUCUAACUUUUCAAAUAGAUACGAAAAUUAGUCAUAAACGUUAUGCUAAAUUUCCACGUUCAGCUGCUUUCGUCCACUAUAAGUCUAAUCACAGACUUAAAAUGAAAAAACAGGUCGUAAUUAAUGAAGUUUCAAGACUUUCUUUACUCUGUUCAAAAAAAGAAGAUUUUGAAAAUGAAAAAUUCGAACUCCUCAACUUCCUAGCAAAUUCAAAAGGAUAUCCAACUCACAUAUUAAAAAGUUUAGAUUAUCCGGAAUGGGAAAAACGAGCUGAUCUUCUCAAUAAAAUUCAUACGAACAAAAAAGAGAAGCAAAUGCCGCCAAUUAUUCUUAAAGUACCGUACGAUGAUGCGAUUUUUAAGAAAAUCUCUUAUUCUAGAAUUUUGCAAGAAACCUAUGAGGAAGAAAUGAACGAACAAGUUCAACGACCAUUAUUAUGCGUCACAAACCAACCUUCUUUG